CUUUACAGCAAAUACAAUGUGAAAACAUGACCCCAGAUGAAAAGCACAUUUUUCCCGGUCUGUCUUUGUUCCUCAGCUCUAAGCGUGCAGUGGAUGAGAGUGAGGUGGAGGCAGCAGAGAGACGGAGCCUCCGCUGCGUCUGGGUCACCGGGGGUCGGGCCCUGACGGAACAGGAGGCCGCCGUUGAGAUUGUUUCUGAAGCGAGGCUCCUCCUUCAGGAAGACCUGGCCCGCUUAGGAGUUCAGUGGGACCCGACAACCCUUCCUCCUGGAGCUCCUGCCGUAAACAGCCCUGACGACUCAGACACCUCAACUGCAUCAGCUUUGAGCUCACAUGAAGCACAGGUUGACAACAACAAAGGUCCCCAGCAAGGAGACAAGAUUGAGAAAAGUAGAGAUAUUGAAAGACAUGGAGAGAAGAGUGAGGAGAAAAACAAACUGAAGGAAGAAAAAGAAAAAGACAAAAGAGAGCAGGGGUCAAAGUUCCAAGUCAGGGUGGUAAACAGAAAACCAGAGGAGCACAGACAAUUAAAUAGGACAGACAACAGAAACACUAUGAAUGGAGUGCAAGUAGAAAGAAGCAAAGGUACAAAAAAUGAUGAGACAAAUGACAAAAUAUUAACGGCAAACAAUACAGAAGAUGAAAAAAGAGAAAGGCAAAAGCAGACAAGGCCGAAGCAAGGUGGGGAAGAGCAGAAGAAAUGCGAGCAAAAAGAAGGAGAGAAGAGUAAAGAGAUUGUCUCAAUCAGACCAGAGAGUCCUCAGGCCAACCGUCCUGUCCCUGAAAGGAGCCUGACCCAGGAACUAGCUGAUAUCAUAUCCAGCCCCCUGCCUCUACCGACGCUACGUCCUCAGCCCUCUCUCUCCCCUAUGCCUCCUCCUCGGUUUAGAGCUCCAGUAUCACGAGUAGAAGAACAACACAUCGUUCCUGUAAGGACAUCAGAUGGCCUUGCUGCCUCACCUGUGCACCCACGUAGACUGAUGCACUCGAGAGCCUUAAGCAAAGUCCUCAACUCUAUACAAACUGACAAAAGCCUACAAAAUAACGUAGCGGCUGCAGAGACAUCGAACUCAAUACCCUCAGCGCCUGCAGGCCAGGUGACUUCAGCGGUUAGUGUGCCUGACCCCUCGGAGAAAACCCCUCCUGGUAUUUCUUCACCUUCAGAUGCAGAUAUGUUAGACAAUCCCCUCAUUGUCUCUCCUGCCUCUGUUCCCUUAUUCUCUCCUGAGGCCAAGCGAAGAAGGAUGGAUGGUGGAGAGGUAGAUACCUUUUCAUCUCCUGAGCUGUACGCAGGAGAAGCUGAGGGAGAUGUUAAAAAAGGAGAGGAGAGUUUUGGUGACAGCUUUGAAUUGGACACUCAGACAGAAAGAAUGAUUGUUCAAGCGGCAUUCCAACACAGAGAUGGGAUUGAUAGAGGUACGAGUCAAACAGUAGAAACAGAAAUGAUAGAGGAUGUGGUAAAGACAGCUGUAGAAAUCAAUCAGGACAAUAAUGAGGGACAUGUUGAAGCCCCAGUUGAUGCAUGUCCAAGAUUCAAUGUUUCUAUCACAGAUAGUCAAAUGGAGCUCAUUCUCAACACCAGCAACCAGUAUUCCCCUGGUCCAUGGGGGGAUAAUGUAGUCGAAGAUAAGGAUGAAGGCGGCGAUGAGGAGGCUGCCUCUGAGAGUGUUAACAGGAGCAGUAGCUUCCUGUUCGACAGCCUGUACGACAGCUCUCUGCUGGCUGCUCUCGACCAAUCAGACGAAGAGGAGCCUGUUGGCCAGGAGAUCAUAAACCCUCUUCCAUCGUGCCAGGAGCAGAGACGCAGUGAGCUUCUCGCAAAUCAGGAGGCUGAAAAUCAGGAGGCGGUCCAAUGGGGCGAGUCCUCCUUCAACCUGUCAGAGUGGGGCGACUCGCUGAUGGUGGGGGAACACUUUCUGGAGAGGCAGUGCUUGCUCAAACACACAGAGAGAACUCAAGGGGCCACUCGUCAGAAAGCUCAGCAACCCAACACAGACAAUGUUCAGAUGUCAGAAUCACAACCCAAACUCCGUCAGACAAAGCCACAACCCACUACUACAACUACUACCACAAAUCAAAAUGAGCAUGACAAGAAAAACGCCAGUAAUAAUCAAGGCAAUAAACACACAAAUAAACAGCAUAGUUAUUCACAGAGCGACAAUAAACCAGGCAAGAGACAGGAAAGGAUCAAUGAACAUGGGAAGCAAGGAGAGACACACGUAAAGAAAGGAGAAAUGAAUGCUGUAUUGUUCGAUAAGGCAGUUUUAAAUCACCCAGAAGUCCAAAACGCACCUGAAAGCUGUUUUGACUGCAGCCCUGGUUUGCAAGACAUCUUUGACCGCUGGCCUAGUAUGUCUGACCAGCCCUGGCAAAACACUACAACCGGCCACCUGACAACCCAUACACUCAAACAUGCUGCAAAUACAGCAGAAGUUCCAGAUCCACCUCAGACCUCAAUACAGGUGGAGAGAAAAGGAGCAAAUUCAAAAGCCGUUGUUGCUGAGAAUGAUUCUCGGGAGGAACGUGACAGUGAGAAUGUAACGGAGAGACCAGGCUCUGCCGGUGAUCUUAUUCCCCCUACUCAGGAAACUCCACCUGUCACACCAAGAGUAAAAAUGACGACGUCAUCUGUGCAGUCACCUCUCAUCGCUAAGCCAAUCAAACAGUCGACUCCAUCAACUCGGCUGCUACAAAAACAAGUGAUCACAAAAUGUCCUACAUCUGGCCCGGGACACAGUAGAAAUCGAUCAGAAGCUGACACUGAACAGCCUAACUCUACAUCAGAUCGCUCCCACGGACACCAGCGGGGACAGAAACCCAACACUGUUACACGCUCGAGGGCUAGAACAAAACUCUUGCUACACAGUGACCAGAACCUAAGCCCUCCCGGAGGUCCUGCUUCCCCGCCCCCCCGGGGGAAGCUCCCCUCUGAUGCUGAAUCACCUGUGACUGAUGAAGGCUUUUCACUUCAGCUGUCCCAGGAUACAUCGCUCGGUUCCAGCAGCUCAGGGGCCUUCUCCAUUGUAGACGUGGCAAGUGACAGGCGCCUCUUCAACACUUUCAUCAAUGAGUGGAAAACAAAGGAGCGGUACUCUCUGGCUUUGGCCUGUGAGAAGAGGGAGCACAGUAAUCAAACUGAGGAGGAAAUAGGAGGGAAACAUAAGAGAGCAUCAGCAGCUAACCAGAGGCUCCACAGGGACGAUGGGUUUCCAAUAAUAGAUAGGGAUGGACAGGUGUUGAUUGGACUGUCUGUCUGCUGGGGGGCAAGAGAUGCCUACUACGUGUCUCUGCAGCAAGAGCAGAGCAAAGGUUUGAGCGCGAGUCUGGCCCCUCCCCCUCUGGAUGAUGAUUUGCCAGUGAGUGAGAGGCUGCAGCAGGUGAAGGCCGGUCUGAGCAGGACGCCUACCGCUCCAACAGGAGGUGUGGUCGUCACGUGGGACAUCAUCCAGGUGUACAAGACGCUGGUCAUGAGUUGUGGCAUCAGCUUGGAGGGAAACUGUGAAGAUCCCAAG